UCCACCUUCACUUCCCAUUUCCUCGCCGGCGUUCUCACCGUUCUCCAACUUCUCCAUCUCCGGCGGCCUCACCACCGCCGACUUCCUUGACUCCCCUGUUCUCCUCUCUUCUUCCCACAUUUUAGCAUCUCCAACCACUGGUUCUUUCCCAUUACAAGCCUUCAAUUGGAACACCAACAACCAGAAUCAAGAACACAAGAAUUUUGCAGAUUUCUUCUUUCAAUCCCAAUCGAAUCAUUCCACUGAAAUCUACCAUCAACCCAAAAUCGAAGAUGACACAGAAUUCGUAACAUCAGAAUACCCAUUUCAGAUGCAGAGUUUCUCCCCUGAGAUCUCCACCGUUAAAACAAACUCAAAGCCGAAACAGAGCUUCCAAUCGAACUAUAAUCAUCAAUCAUCACAGAAGAAGUUAGAUGAUGGGUAUAAUUGGAGAAAAUAUGGGCAAAAACAAGUGAAAGGUAGUGAAAAUCCUAGAAGUUAUUACAAGUGCACAUAUCGAAAUUGUUCAAUGAGGAAGAAGGUGGAGACGUCCGCAGAUGGGGAUAUUACUGAAAUUGUUUAUAAAGGAAAUCACGAUCAUCCGAAACCGCAAUCUACUAAACGAUUGUCUUCUUCUUCGGCUUCGAGUAAUUCAUUCGUGGUGCAUCAAUUUAACGAAUACCCGGAUCAAUCUAACGGUUCUCGGCAAUCGGAUUUGGUUGGGACGCCGGAAAAUUCAUCAAAUUCAAUCGGAGAUGAUGAGUUUAGUCGGAGUAGGUCCGGUGGGGAUGAGUUUCUUGAAGAUGAAGCUCAUGCUAAAAGAUUGAAGAUGAAUAAUGAAAAUGAAAUGAUAUCGAUGGAGGGAAGUAGGACCAUUAGAGAGCCAAGAGUCGUGGUUCAGACGUUAAGUGAUAUUGAUAUACUCGAUGAUGGCUAUAGAUGGAGAAAAUACGGUCAAAAAGUGGUCAAAGGGAAUCCUAAUCCUCGAAGCUACUACAAAUGCACCACACUCGGUUGUUCAGUGAGAAAGCAUGUGGAACGAGCGUCCCAUGACGUACGCUCAGUGAUAACAACCUAUGAAGGCAAGCACACCCACGAUGUGCCAUUGGCUCGUGGUGCCAGUCAUCGACCAUUACCACCCACCAACCCUGGCAACAGUGUGGCCACCAUGACAAUUAGGCCAUCCGAAUGGUCUCAUCACCAACCUAACAACUCUAUGAUCAAUACAGUCUAUGAGUCCUGGUUACCAUCGUCACAAGAAACACCGUUUACGCUAGAGAUGUUAAAUAACCCAGGUGGUCAUGAGUUAUCUGGGUUCGACAACCGAAUACGCACCGGUUACAUGAAUCGACAACCAAAUUUGGAUAAUGUUUUUUCUAUAGCUAAAGACGAACCUAAAGACGAUAACUUUUUGGAAUCCUUGUUAUACUGAAGUCGUUUUUCUUUCAUGGACUUAACUUGUUGAUGUUAAUAGAUGGAGGGUAUUUAUAGAAAAUAUAUGUGAUGGUAAUCUUACCAUUUUUUGAUUUUAUUUGUUUGUUGUAAUUGUAAUAUUUUACACAUUUUAUAUG